GGGGCUGCUUCCGGCUCGCACUUCCGGCCAGCUCCCUGAGAGACGCGCUUUGUGGAGUCCCCGGCCGGCAGUGCCCGUUAGGGUGUCCGGUGACCCGGACCGCGGUAGCGGCCCCGCGGGCGGGAUGUUCCGGAGUUUGAGCACUUGGUUCGGCUUGGAGCAGCCGGCGGCGGGUGGCCGGCAACCCGAGGGAGACGGGCCGCUGGAGGAAGACGCCUCACCUCAGAAGUGCUCCGAAGCGGUGACCGAGUCGGUGGAGAGGGAGCCGCAGCAAGCGGGGGACCAGGAGCUCCUUCACCAGGCGAAAGGCCUCGGCAACUAUCUAUUUAGCUUUGCAACUGCUGCUACAAAAAAGAUAACUGAAUCAGUUGCUGAAACAGCACAAACAAUAAAGAAAUCAGUAGAAGAAGGAAAGAUAGAAGACAUCAUUGAUAAGACCAUUAUAGGAGAUUUUCAGAAGGAACAGAAAAAAUUUGUUGAGGAACAGCAUACCAAAAAAUCAGAAGCAGCGGUGCCCCCGUGGGUUGAUAGUAAUGAUGAAGAAACAAUUCAACAACAGAUCUUGGCCUUAUCCGCUGACAAGAGGAAUUUCCUUCGUGACCCUCCAGCUGGAGUGCAGUUUAAUUUUGACUUUGAUCAGAUGUACCCUGUCGCCCUGGUCAUGCUCCGGGAGGACGAGCUGCUGAGCAGGAUGAGAUUUGCCCUCGUCCCUAAACUCGUGAGGGAAGAAGUGUUUUGGAGGAACUACUUCUACCGCGUCUCCCUGAUCAAGCAGUCGGCACAGCUCACCGCCCUGGCCGCCCAGCAGCAGGCCACCGGGAAGGAGGACAAGAGCCGCGGCCGAGGCGAAGACUUGCCAGUGACAGAGGCAGUACGGCCGACAACACCACCUGUUGUAAUCAAAUCUCAGCUUAAAACUCAAGAGGAUGAAGAGGAGAUUUCUACCAGCCCAGGGGUUUCUGAGUUUGUCAGUGAUGCCUUCGAUACCUAUGACUUAAAUCAGGAGGAUCUAAAGAAGGAAAUGGAGCAACUGGUUCUUGACAAAAAGGAGGAGACAGCCAUACUAGAAGAGGAGCCCGCAGACUGGGAGAAGGCGCUACAGCAGGAGCUGCAAGAAUACGAAGUGGUGACAGAAGCCGAGAAACGAGAUGAAAACUGGGACAAGGAAAUAGAGGAAAUGCUGCAGGACGAAAAUUAGCUCUUUCCUGAAAUAAAAGAAUAGUCUUUAACAUUCUGUAACUGACAUUAAAUUCAGAUGAUGACGCUCGCUGAAUCAGAAGGCACAAAAGAUUGACAUAACUUUAUGAAAUUCAAAAUUAUUCUUUUCUCAAGCUGAAACUUGCCUUUUCUGCUUUUAAAAAAAGUACAUAGGACAGUUAUUCUAAUAUUCAAAAAGGGAUGUUUUAUGUAAUAUUUCUUAAUAUAAAUCUAAUGAGAGAUGUUCACGUAGUGAGGAUGGAUAUCUUUGCCCCAGAAAGGCUUUUCCGUGAGGUCAAAAUUCUAAUUUAUUCUUCAAUUGUGGUUUUCUAAACAUUUGUACUUCUUGUUGCAUUGUCAUUGCUACAUGUACAUUACAGUACUUAACGGAUUGAUAACUAUCAAAAUGACCAAAUUGUACCAAAGAACUUAAGAAGAAGCACUUUCAAGACUAUUUUCUUGGUAGAUAUUUUCUAAAAUUCUAUCUAGAAGCCUAAGGAUAAGAUGAUUACGUUAAUUUUAAUGGUAUAAACAUCAUACAAUUUGACAUUGAGAAAUACUGUGCAAAAACAUUUGUUUUUCUCUGGGGCCUUUUCUUUCUUAUUGUGUUGUUUUUUUUGUUUGUUUGUUUAACUAUACCACGCUUAAUAUUGUUGCUUUCUUAAAUUUCACAUCAUGGUUUUUGUAGAAAGUGGGGCAUUUUGUCCUUUUUAAUGACCUUUUUUUAAUGACCUUCAAGAAGCCCAUUCACCUUACAGUCUCUUGUUUUUGUGAAAAUCAUCACCACAUAUGAAUGUUUCAGCCUUGUUUGUCUUAGUUAAACUGUCAGUCUUAAAGUGUCGGGACCACUUAGGGAGCUUCACUGCUCAAUCCCGUGGUCACAGAAUAUGGUUCUUUUAAAAAAACAAGGUGGCUUAAUGUCACAGCACUUCCGAAGCAUUUGCUUUUUGAAACUUUUCUAUUUUUCAAGGAAGCUUUAUUUCAUAAAAGUGAAGAGGAUUAUGACAAUCCUUUAUAGGAAAAAUGUACGUAUUUGUGUUGUUGACCCCGUAGAAAUUAGCCCACGGCCCUCCGGCAAAGGCACAGCCCGUGAGGGAACCGGGCGCGCGUCCAGGCUCCGCUCUCGCUGCCGGCGGGGCACAAGCACCUGCGGGCCUGUCUCGGCUCCGACCCCCUGCUUGUGGCAGUCAGCUCACGUGUCCUCCGGCUGCCCAGGGCUUUCCACUGUGGUGCCACCGCCGCUGAUUUCUGAGUUUGGGUUCAGAGAUUGUGAUUGGCAACCUCCAAAAUAAUCCUAUGGAAGGGAAAAUUCGGUUUAUUUUUUUCAAAUCGGGUUUUCUAGAGGGAAAGAAACACGUAAAAUGUCUUUAGCUGAAAAUUCUGGAUGUAAACAGAUCAGAAUAUGAGCACUUAGCUCUUGGUAUAUGAACUAAAAUUCAUAUUGUUGAAUAAAUAUAAAAAAGCAAAGCUUUCAGAGAAAGUAAAAAAAAAUUAAAAUGCCAAUAGACAUGUUACAGUUGUUCCUGUCAACUUUAUGUGGUACUCUUACUGCAUUUAAAAACAACCCAACUGGACUGCUCUAUGAAAAUAAAAGGAUAAAAUGAUUUUAUACACAGCAUACAGAUACAGUUAUGCUCUAUUUUUCUGAUUCAAAUUGGAGUAAAAUGUUAUGCUUUUAUAAAUGA